AUGGCCGAGACCGUCUCCCUGAAAGCCUCAAGGGAGCGGCCUCCACCUCCCCCUCCAAUCGUGCCAUCCCUCUGGACCCGGUCCCUCCUCGCGGGGGCGCUGGCAGGACUAACGGUAGAUUUCUCCCUCUACCCGCUCGACACGGUAAAAACGCGGCUUCAAUCCCAACUCCUCGCAACUCCCCGUCAUGCCGUCCGCACUCUCCCACCGCGUCACACACCCUCCGCGGCACCAUCCGCUCCAUGUACGCGGGCCUCCCCUCGGCGCUCCUCGGCUCCAUGCCCAGCGCGGCCUCGUUCUUCGUCGUCUACGACGGCGUCAAACGCUCCCUGCUCCCCGGCACCUAAUACCGGCGGCCCCUCAAACCAACGCACGCAGACCACACCCUCCGCCUCCGCCUCCGCAAUCCACAUGCUAGCCUCGACCCUCGGCGAAACCGCCGCGUGCGCGAUCCGCAUCCCGACCGAAGUGAUCAAGCAACGCGCACAGGCGGGGCUCUUCCAGGGCUCGUCGCUGCUCGCGCUGCAGGACAUCCUGGCGCUGCGCCAGCGUCAGAUCCACCCGGACGGCGGCUACGGGACCGUGCUCCGAGAACUCUACCGCGGCGGCGGCGUGACCGUGAUGCGCGAGAUCCCCUUCACCAUCGUGCAGUUCAGUCUGUGGGAGUACCUCAAGGCGGCCUAUUCCGAGAGGCAGUCCCGACGCUUUCGGAGGGAGGAGGGCUUGGUGACGGCGGCGGAGAGCGCGGCUUUCGGGAGGGCGCGGUGGCGGCCGGGUUGA